AUGUCCCACACCAUCUCCGCAUCCGACAUGCAGCGUCUGCAGAACUACCCUCCCAAUGUGUCCGAUAUUGUGAAUAUGGGACAGGAUCCCUUUGGUCUCCCUACCACUGAGGCAGACAUGUGGGAGCCAUUCACUACCCUCGCCUCUGUUGACCCUUCCUGGACUGUGACAAGCGGUCCCAACGACCUGCAGCAGCCCUUCCUUUCCAAUACUCAACGCUCCCCCUUGGCACGGACAAAGGAUGGCUCGGCAAGCUACCGGGUCCAAUACGGCCAAGUCACUCCACCCUCUGACGAGUCACCAUUCUCCAAUCCCUCUCUCUCAGUUCUUCCUCGCAAGCUUCAGCACUCUCAACCCCCCAUCCUCCAGUCCAGCAUUGAGGACCAGCCUGAGCCCCCCACGAAGCGUCGCCGUAGCACAACUACCAAGAGCCGCGGCGGUAGUGUCAGCGGAGCCUCGCGAGGUUCUGCUUCGGUUGAACCAUACAUUUCUGGUGACGACAAACAAGAGAAGACCAGGGCACGCAACCGAGUUGCCGCCAGCAAAUGCCGCCAAAAGCAAAAGGCACGCAACACGGAGCUCGAGAACGAAUGCAACUACCAAGAGGCUAGGAAGCAAGAGCUCAGCCGUGAAGCUGCUAGGUUGAGAGACGAAGUCGUUAGACAGAAAAACUUGCUCCUUGCACACUCCGAGUGUGGCCACGAGGGCAUCAAGGCGUACUUAGACAACAUGGUGAAAAGAAUCACUGCGGGCGUCGGUGAAGUCCCUAACUUUGGAAGGCUUGUGGAGGGCUGCUCUGGAAGUGGUCCUUCCGUCAGACCAGCACAACGACCAUCCGGCUCUUCAGCUUCCUCCUGGGAAUUCGGGUUUGAUGGUUUCCCACCGACGAUGUAA